AUGGCGUCCGGAAAUGAUCUCAAGACAGUUGACGCAGAUCUACGAAGAGAACAGCUUUAUUCAGAAAUCGGAUCUUUGGUAAGGCAGCAAGAUCGAGUUUUGAUGCUGCAGGUUGAGGCUCAAAUCAAACGAGAGGCACUCAAACAUCUUCGAAGUUCCGUGGCAGAUGAGUACAGCAAGAUAUCAGGCCACCUACGAGAGAGUCGGAUCCAAGACAGGCUACCAGAUUCCGUGCUGUUAGCACUAUACCAGGAUAAACUCGAAUCUGCUCGAAACGAACUAGGACCCGCGGAAGAGGAAUUUUCAGCGCUUGAAUUUCGGUUAGUCAAAGAAGAGGGCAUUUUAAAAAGAAAAGGCGAAAAAAUUAGGACCUUGUGGCAGAGUUUUCCAGUCUCUGAAGCUGACUAUCCUAUGGACAUAUCCUUCGCAGAUUGCGAGGAUGAAGGCAGUCAGGAGGUGGUGCUGACGGAAUUCUCAUUCGCUAGUUCGACUGCAGAAGAGCAACAUAGUUCCAGACCGUGCCUUAGUCAUCCAGAACCAAUAGUUGAUGCUACAGGACGUCCACCUGACAUUUCUCUUCCGUACUUUGAUCCUCCACCUUAUACGCAAGAUCUUAACGCGACACCAAAUUCCGUUCGAGCUACUCAAAGCCCUCGAAUUGCAGGGCUCACUUUAGCAACUCCACCCACGCCCAGUCGAAAAUCCGAGGAUACGAAAUUUCGGCGCCGCUUGGCAGAGACUGAGCCUGAUCACGAACUGCCAGAGCUCUUUGGAAUGUUUCUGAGCUCCACUGAGACAGAUCCUCCCGAAUUGUAUGUCGACAUCAUCAACGAUCUUCCCGAGCUUGCCAAGUCGGAGACUAAUGCUGUGAAGCAUCUGGAACCGAUCUUGAUAGACCAAAUGCCACUGCGUAUUUCGACCGUGCUUCAUCAUUUCGAUAAAUUCACUGGCACAGGUGAAGCAUUUAAGCGAUGGAUGCUUCACCAGGUUCGAAAGUCUCCGCUGGAUAUGAUACAAUAUCAAAGCUACGAUGAAACUACGCUUAUUGCUACCGUUAAAUUGAGCGAUCCGGAUUUUGAAGGCUGGGUGCACGUUCAGACGAAGCCGCCACCGAGUAUGACACACCAGGAAGUAUACCAACCUAAUUUGCCACCAGAGGUUCAGACUCCCAAGCUCUUCUUGAACAUCUGGUGGUAGCUUUACUACAUAUGAACAGUUUGUAAGAGCGCAUGAAUAUGGUGCUUUCUUUGCGCAUCAAGGUCUGAAUGUUUUUGGCCAUGUGGAGAAUAUUCGAACUGCAUUUGGC